CGGAGGGUAGAUGAAUAUGGCUCUCUCCAGAGGUUUGAGAUGCUGUCAAAGGGUUUUCUCCUGGAUACCUGUUCUUAUUAUAACCGCCGUUGUGUUGUGGUCAUACUACGCUUACGUCUUUGAGCUAUGUCUUUUUACACUCAGCAAUUCAUUGGAAAAAGUGGCCUAUCUGUUGGUGUUUCAUGUUUGCUUUGUGAUGUUCUCCUGGACCUACUGGAAGUCCAUAUUUACUCCUCCUGCAACACCUUGCAAAAAGUUUCAGCUGUCAUAUUCAGACAAGCAAAGAUAUGAGUUUGAGGAGCGGCCAGAUGCUCAGAAGCAAAUCCUGGUUGAGAUUGCAAAGAAACUUCCUAUUUUCACUCGAGCUCAAUCUGGAGCUAUCAGGUUCUGCGACCGCUGCCAGGUACUGAAGCCUGACCGCUGUCACCACUGCUCGGUUUGUGAAACGUGUGUCUUGAAGAUGGACCAUCACUGUCCCUGGGUGAACAACUGUGUUGGUUUCUCCAACUACAAGUUCUUCCUUCUGUUCCUCUCCUACUCUAUGCUGUACUGCGUAUUUAUUGCAGCAACCGUCUUUCAGUAUUUCCUCAAAUUCUGGGUGGGGGAUUUGCCAAAUGGGCCCGCAAAGUUCCAUGUCCUCUUCCUCAUGUUUGUGGCGCUCAUGUUCUUUGUCAGUCUCAUGUUCCUCUUUGGCUAUCAUUGCUGGUUGGUGGCCAAGAACAGAUCCACUUUAGAGGCCUUCUCAGCUCCAGUGUUUGUCAGUGGACCCGACAGAAACGGCUUCAAUGUCGGCAUACGCAAAAACCUGCAGCAGGUAUUUGGGGAGGAGAGAAGACUGUGGUUCAUUCCAGUAUUUACAAGCCAAGGGAACGGCCACUACUUCCCUUUGAAGAAUCGGAGUUCUGAAUCCCGGAAUCCCUUAUUAGCUAAUGAGGACAUGUGGGAUGAGUCAGAUGAUGGGUCUGAAGAAGGGAGCUUGGUUGAGGACCAAGACCCCUCUGUUACCAUAGAGAUGGAGGAAUAAUUUACACUGGUACAAAGGAUGAUGAAGACUUGUAUCUCAGACACACACACACACAUACACACACUGUGUACCACGAGGUAAAUGCAUUCCAAAUCAUGUGGAUGUUCGGACACACUGAAGAGGGCCAAAUGGGUGGAUUGAAACCUGCAUUUGGACUGUCAUUGCCAAUUUUACCCUGGUGUUUUACAUAAUGAUGAAAACAGGAACUCAUUGGAUGACCGGUGGCAGCAUCAUCUCUCCUCUCACAGAUGGAUAAACAACAGCAUCAGUUUUAUUUGGAAAAAAAAACAAAAAAAAACACAACACAUUGUCAAAUAUUACCUCACAUAUAAAAAGCUACUGUUAUUUACUGUGGGUCAUAUAUUUGCCUCUAGCUGUUGAUCACGGUGAAGGCACUGGCCUUUGUGGGAUUAUUACUAAUGUUGCUUUUGGGAGGCUUCUGUCUGGCACUGUGCUAUUUUAUAUGCCUCUGUUUCAGAGUUGGGUUGAGUUUACAGUGUUGCACCUUAGAGCUUGAUCUGUACAGAGUCGUAUCUAAAGGCUCCAAAGGUCUCUUGUAGUUUUCAAGAGUUUGUAGAUUAAAUUGUUUAGUGAUACAGGUGUCUGGCCUCUACCAGUUUGGAUUUUUGCAGCUUAUAAACACAAGAUUUUGAACAUAAGAACACCUAACUUGACCUGCGCCUUAUUAUUAUAAAUAUUCCUUUGUUUUGGGAGUCAGUUUUCUCCUAAGAAUGUAUCCUUCUGCUCAUCAUUCUGCUUGUGAGUACACUGUGCCAAUAUUUUGGGCACUUAUUUAUGAAAGAACCUAUCAUGUUACGCUUUUAUAGAGUAUUUUAGCAUCCCUGUAGCAGUUGGAAUGCCACUACUAAUGUCUGAUCAGACUGGUAACAGUAACAGACAAAAGUAGCAUUCACAAAUACAGCUUAUUAUAUUUAACAUCUGAGAUUAUGGCAAAUUUAAUGAAAUGUUUAUUAUUUUCAGUGGACUCAUAUCCUGAAUAUACUGUAUAUCAUGACUGUUGGCUAUAUUGCUAUUUUGAAAAAAUGCAGUGAUGAGUUUGAUGUUUAAGUCUGGGGUGAGCGUAUGAGACAUACUGUGAUAAGACAUUUUUAAAAUAAUUAUCACGAUCUUGUUUUCUAUAUCAGCUAUCCCUCCUAAGACAACACUUAAGUGUGGAUGCAGGGUAAUAAAGAACAGCUUUCGUCAUAGGCCGAAAAUCAUGCAUAGGGGAGGACAUAGGUUCUUCUAUGUCUCUUUCCAUUUUUGAUCUUUUUAGACAUCCAGAUGACUGUACAUAUAUAUAAAACGACUGAUCCUCAUCCACCGGUUGGUAGAGGACAGUGGUCUUCGGCAAUAUGAUGUUCUGAUAUUUUUUUUUUGUACCUGUGUUUAUGCAUUUUUAAAUUUAUAAUACUAAUGUAAUGGAUUAUCCUUAUCGAGACUGUUUAUUGACUUGUGUAAUUAGCCAGUGUACUUAGUUGAAACCUAAUUCUCUUGUUGAGUACACCCAUUAAUAGUACGAGUAAAAAGUUGGGCCUUUGUCAAACAUUGAUGCUGUUUGAUCUUGACACUUUAACUUGCUUCAUGGGAUCUGUUUUUCUAUGUUGGGUUAGCCAAAUCGAAUGCUGCUCAUGUCUGAGAGAUACUUCUGUUCAUUUAUUGAUUCAAUCUGUACGUUUUAUCUGAGAUAUGAUUUGGUGUUUGAAAGCAUGUAUACAAACAUUAGGAAAGAUGUGGGUGUUGAUUGUUUCAUGUAGUCUUGUGUCUAUUUAUUGUUCUAUUGUCCAGCUUUUUUCCUGUGUAUUGAGUUUGGUUCAUACCUGCUGCAGGCAGUGUCUGUAUAUUUUGCUCCAUAAAGUGACACUUAAGAAACUAUCGAAGCAAUGUGCUUUUAUCAAAUAGUAGGAUAUUUAUAGCAUGAGAAGAUGACAAAUUACACCCGGUUGGCAGACAGGAGUUCAAUAUUGCUAGAGCACAUAUGGUCCCUUUUGAACUGUAUUUGGAGUAUGUGAUUGUGGUGCUUCCCUUUUUCAUAACCUCAGAACUACCAAAAAUACUGAUACAAUUUCUUUUGCUGUUCCGUCUGUAAACAAAUAUAAAUUCUUUAUUGAUCCAUCAGUUGUUGUAACAUGCAAAAUAAAACGAUCCAAGUUAAAACUCUU